AUUCUAUCAUCACCUCACACUUGACACAUACAUAAAGUUACAAACAAUACACUUAAAAGUCUUCCAAUAAAUUAAGUUUGAAUAUAAAUGGCGCAAUACGGCAGGCAGGGCGACGAGUACGGCCGCCAGACCGACGAGUAUGGCAACCAUGUCCAACGCCCUGGCGGCGGAGGAACUGACUCCUACGGCUCUACCGGCGGCAUGGACCAGGCCGGUCAGUACGGCUCCGGUGGCAUGAAUCAUGGGACUCUCGGUGGAGAAUAUGGUACUCAGGGUGGAGGGAUGGGCACCGGCACUGGAGGAGGGUAUGGUACUCACGGUGGAGGGAUCGGCACCGGAACUGGCACUGGCGGAGGAGAGUAUGGUACUCAUGGCGGCGGCGCAGGGCUUGAUACUGGAAUGGGGACGGGCGGUGGCCAGCACCGGCGCUCGGGAAGCUCCAGCAGCUCGGAGGAUGAUGGGGAAGGAGGCAGGAGGAAGAAGGGGGGGCUGAAGGAGAAGCUUUUCGGGGGGAAGACGGAGGAGGGGCAGGAGCAGGAGCAGGAGCAGAGCUAUGGCGGUGGGGUGAAUGAAGAGAAGGGAAUGAUGGAUAAGAUCAAGGAAAAGCUGCCUGGCCACCAUUGAAUAUAUAUACAGAUGCAUAUACAUAUCCUACAGCAGCUUCACUUGUAUAAAUAAUAACGACAAUAAGCCGCCUGCUAGCUCCUCAAACUUGUUUGAGGGAGCUAGCUUGGCCUUGUGUUGUGUCUCUACUUCUGUACCUGUAUUUGUAUUUGUAUUUGGACAUCUCUUCUUUUAAGUCUACAUAAAUACUACUCCUCACUUUUCGUGCUGUUUAUAUCA